AUGAAAGGCAAAGCAUCAGGUUAUAGUAAGAAAAAAGGUAAAGUAAAUCUUGAUGAAGACAAGUUUAGACACUUGUCUAUGCUUGAGAGAUCCUCCAUCAGAAAACUUGCUAUUAAGAUGGAAGUUAGCAAGUCCACAGCUGGCAGAUGGGUGAAGGGAAACAAGAUAAGACCAUAUACAAAUGCCAUCAAGCCUGCACUCACUGAUGUGAACAAAAUUUCAAGAAUGAGAUGGAGUCUUAGUCAUAUUCAGCCAACCAAAUCUGAAGGUAAGCUUCUCUAUCAUGAAAUGCACAACAUUGUUCACAUUGAUGAGAAAUGGUUCUACAUGACAAAGGCUUCAGACAGAUACUACCUGUUGCCGGAUGAGGAUGAGCCUUACAGGUCUUGCAUAUUUCCAUUCACACAACAAGUUCCAGCCAAAAAAGAGUCAAAGAAUAGGCCAAGAGGGACACUAGAGACAAAGUCUAUCCCAUCAGUUAACAAAGAAGCCAUGAGAGAAUGCAUCCUUAAUCAGGCAUCUAAGCAUUCAAUCACAAAUCAUGCUCAGAUUAUACCAACAAUCAAGGCUAACUGGCCAGCCAAUGCAAGCAAGGAGAUAUACAUCCAACAAGAUAAUGUCAAACCCCACUUGAAAUCCUCUGACUUACAAUUUGAGGCUAUUGCAAGUACAGAUGGUUUUAAAUUCCAUCUAAUUAGCCAACCAGCCAACUCCCCAGAUACUAAUGUACUGGACCUUGGCUUUUUUAGGGCCAUACAGUCACUGCAAGAUGACAAACUAGCCACCAAUAUAGAUGAAUUGUUGGCAAAUGUUUGUAGUUCUUUUGAGGAACUCACACCACAAACUCUGAACAUGGUUUUCCUAACAUUGCAAAGCUGUUUAAGCAAGAUCCUAGAAGUCCAUGGGGGCAACAACUACAAAAUAUCCCACUUGAACAAAGAUAGGUUGAGUAUGACAGUGGGGCUGCCUACCUCACUUGAGGUUGAAGCGAAUCUGGUUAGGGACAGCUUGGAGUAUCUACUACUCCCUCAGAAUGAUGUGGGUGGCUCAUAUGAAAUAGGACAUCUAAGCAAUGUGUUAGGGUAG